GGGACACCCGGAACUCACAGUCGAACACACCACAUCACACCAUACACAACCCUUUUGUACUAAUUAUAUUUUACUAAACUUUAAUGAGCACAAUGGUGAGAUUCAACGUCAGCCGUGGCCCCGCGCGCAACUGUUGGUUGCGGGGCAAGCGGUUCGGCGAUGAGGUCAAGGACUACGAGCUCGCCGGAGCGCCCUCGGACUCGGUGAGUGCUCUGCGGUUCUCCGGGAAGUCCUGCCCCUUCCUGGGCCUGUCGGCUGCCAGCUGGGAUGAGACGGUUCGCUUUUGGCGCAUCGACCGGGACGAGUGCGUGGCCAUUCCCAAGGCCAUGACGAAGCUCAGCAGUCCUCCGCUGGACACCUCCUGGAACGAGGACGGCACCAGGAUCUACGUGGGCGACUGCGAGGGGAAACUCCUGGCGUGGGAUCUGAUGACGGACAAGGUGACGCAGGUGGGGAGCCACGAAAAGGGAGUGCGUAGCUGCCACUUGGUGGCGGGAUCGGUGACCUCCUACCUGAUGACCACCUCCUGGGACAAGACCGUCAAGUUUUGGGAUCCGCGGAUGUCCUCGUUGGCAGCCAGCCUGCCACUCCCGGAGCGCAGCUAUGCAGCGGACGUGUGCCAUCCCCUGGCGGCGGUGGCAUGUGCCGACAACACUGUGACAGUCAUCUCCCUGGAGAACGGGCCCGUGGAGAGGUGUCGCUACGACCUGAUGCGCAGCGGCUCGAUAAGUAGCCAGGUGCGAGCGCUGGCCAUCCACAAGAUGGGUCAGGGCGAGGACGGUAUGGCGUGGGCCGUGAGCCGGACCGACGGCUGGGUGAACUUCCAGCACCUGCUGAACCGGAACAGGGACUUCAACCUCAAAUGCCACGUCGACCUGGACCUGAUUCACAACGUCCACAACGCGUACGCGGUCAACGACCUGAGCUUCCAGCCCGGCAGCACGGUCUUGGCCACGGUGGGAUCGGACGGCCAGUACCAGUUCUGGGACCACAGCACCCGGUGCCGGCUCAAGCGGAGCUCCCUGUGCGACCAGCCCCUCACCAAGUGCGCCUUCGACGCGCACGGCGACAUCUUCGCCUACGCCGUGGGCUACGACUGGUCCAUGGGGCACGAGUACUUCGAUCCAAAGGUCUUGCCGCAGAUUUUCCUCAAAUCGAUGGUCGACCCGGACCUCCCGUCCCGACAAAGGGAGUGGGGACUGUGUGAGGUGUGAGAAAAAAUGGAAUUUUGGAUACUUUUUUAAAAGAGAUUACCUCGGCCAUGCUUUCAAAUUAUAUUGUCGUUCCAAUGCA